UACAGAAUCACCAACACGACCAUCGUUCUCCUGUACCUUCCGGCGCCCAAAGCAUUGCCAUGGCUGCUCCUACGCGAGGCCGACUACUCGAGCUUACAAAGCUCCAAUGCUCCCUAUUCUCCACAACUUUCAACCCAAACCAGCAGCGACUGGGCAACAAGAUCCUGCGACAGAGAUUACGAGGUCCCGCCCUCGCCGCCUAUUAUCCCAGAAGAUCUACCACCAUCGAGGACAUGUUGAACGAGUUCAAGAGAUUCGACCUGGAAGGGUCCAAUGAAGAUGAAGAUGACCGGUUCGAGACCAUCCAAAUUGCCAAACUCAGAGGCAAGGGUGCUCCUAAGAAGAAGCGGACAGCUGCAGAAAGCCGUGCCAAUAAGGGCAAGAAGAGAUAGAUAUGUCCCUACGACAUUGCAGAUUUGUAUAUUA